AUGAAAUUCUUUUUUAUUUUCAUAAUUUUUGUUUUUGGGGAAAGAGAAGUACGGGCAGACGAUUUCUACGAUUGUGGAUUUUUGACUGAGUUUAAUGAAGACUUAAAAACUGUAGAGAUUUCAUCUCCUGUCGAUCCUCUUUCUGCUGUUAGUAACUCGAGCUUGGGAACAUAUCCAAGAAAUGCAUAUUGCGAAUGGAUUUUUCUCGAUCAAUGUGCUGAUGGAUUUCAUAUUCAAACUUUGCGAUUCGACAUCAACGGCGCUCGGUACUGCCAGGAUGAUAAGCUUCACAUAUCAAAUGCUCAUCGAUCCUUCAACAGUACAUUCUGCAAUCAAGAUUUCGAGUACGAUUACGAUGGCAAGAUCACUCUCGCAAGUUUGUUGAACGAGACAGUUGGUGGGAAUUUGGAGGCAUUGGAUGCUCCAAUCUUUGUUCCGGGGGAUCAACUUAAAAUUGUCUUUGAAAGUGAUCAUUGGGGAGAGAUGAACGAAGGCUUUCAUCUUCUUGUAACCCCCGAAAGAAAAGAUGUGGAUUGCAAACAUGCUGAGAUCGAACCUGUUUGCGUUUGGCCGUAUAAAGAGGAUGAUGAGUCUGUAAUAAUGGAAGCGUGGAAUAUCGGUUCUCAAGACAAAUUCACCCCGUAUUCCAUUUUCUCGGAUAUUUUUGAAAAAGAAGAUGGCGUCGAUGAUCUUCAUUUUCGACGCGGUUGCGCUGAAAGAUGUCGAGAUACUCCUGGUUGCUUCAAAUUCAAGUUCAAUGGACCAAACACUUGCCAGCUUCGCGGACACAAAAUUGAUAACCGAGAUUAUGAAAGCUUCGCUCUUACCGGUAAAGACUGCUCAGAACCGCCGCAACUUCUUUGGAGAGACUUCAAAACUGAGUCAAUUGUUUACUGCUUAUUUUAUCACGCCGGAGACGCGAACAAAUUCAAAAAUAAGCUGAUCAAGAACAACGGUGUUUUUCUUAAAUGGAAUGUUUCGGAUGCAGGAAAAAGAAGAAGAAUGUCAAAAAAGUGGACCUUUGAAGUCGCAACUGAUAGGGAAUCCUCGAAAGGAACUUGGUACAAAUUUGAAUCCGUCGUUUAUUACCGCACAUAUCUCGUCGGAAUCGAAUCUAGCGCCAGCGAAAGACAGAAAAAGCAAGGAAUGGACGAAGCCGAGCAACUAUUUUUUCUCACCACUCAAGUCAUUCAAAAUUUCAUCGAUAAUCUUUGGAUCGGAUCGAAGACUGAAGUUCUCAAAACUGAGGUUCCAAAAUUAACAGUAGAUGAACUUUCGCAUUUUCCCGACAAAUUGGAUCUGGUCGAAAAUUCGCCAAGCGAAGAAAUGAUCAACUCAUUCUCCAAACUCGAAGAUAUCUUUAAAACGAAACCAGAAAAAGAAAAGAACAAGAAGAAAGCAAAGAAAAUGGAGCAAUUCAAAAAAAUCAUUGAUAAAUUUUCCUGGAUGUUCGAGAACUCGUCUUCUCCUUGCGAAAACUCAGCCUUAUCUGUUUUCGGGACAAAAGAAUGGAAAUCGCCGAAAAUCAGCACUGAAAACAUUUGUGAAAGCUUCGUCGCCUUGAUGGACUCAACUGUGGCUUUUUACGAUAAUCAUGUUUGCUUGGAUCAAAUUAAUUUUGACAGAAAAUCGAAACGAAGAAACAAAAACAUCAAGUCUGAUGUGAAAAGAUCAAAGAAAAUUUUCAAUCGAUUUCUCGAAACUCUUGAAUGCACUGAACGAUUGUCUAUCAACUAA